AUGGGAGACAGUCGGUUGCUGGCGAAUUGGAAAAUCGGUACAGGAACGGAGAUUCACGUCUUUACCCAGUCGGAACCCAGUCUGAAGACUGCCGCGGCUCCCGUGGUAGUGCCUGAAACCGCGCCCGUGGUGGCGCCUGUGGCGGUUAAGAAGGCGCGCCAGAAAGGACAGUCUCAUAAGUACAAGACCUUCGAAGAGUAUGUGGACGAGAUAGACUUUAAUGUGUCUCAACUGGCUCUGAGCCACUCGUAUAAACCAGUCAAACGGAACCCAGUGGGGCCCACGAAGUUGCCCCCGUCGAUAUCGCUAAAGCACCAAGUAUAUCGGCAUGUGGAUCACGUGGAGGUGAUGAAUGUUGCGGAGUUGGCUGAUUUUGUGCGCGAGUGGCGUCGGUCCGAUAUGUUGGUACAGCGUUGUGGGUACUUGAUAGGUUACUAUGCUGCGGAUGCUCAUUAUGGUCCGAGUGGAACUCGUGCGGUGGUGGAGGCGGUUUAUGAGCCUGAGCAGGUUGGUAAUAUGGAUGGUGUGGAGAUUUUGGGUAAUCCUGAGACGGACGAGUUGGUGGUACGAGUAUCGAAGGCGUUAGGAUUGGAAGUGGUGGGUUGGGUUUUUACUCAUCUGGGUCGCGAUAAGUUGGUCACAGGACCGGAAGUGAUUUCUAUGGGACGAUUACAAUUGGCACAUGCCCAGGAGAAUGUGCACUACACCGGUUAUCCUGUAUCAACAUUUGUAACACUCACGAUAUCACCGAAAGAAAGUUUGAAGGGUGAACCCGGAUCAGAUGCGUUCAUGAUAUCGGACCUAGGUCUAGCUCUUGUUCGAGAUGGUGUCCUGGAUGAACAAACGUUCCCAGAGGAUGGAAAGUAUUGCAAAAUUAGAACUCCCGAUAAAGAUGAGCUUAUGCCCACUCUUCUUGAAACCACCAAGGAAACUCAACAAAUGGAUACUGAUUGGCUACUGGUAAGACUUGCAGAAAGCGCACCUAAACAAACAAGAUCUUUUAUCAAACGGACACAAUUCCCCAAGACCAAUCGAGGACCUGCCACCUUUAAUGAUGUACAAACAUUUCUUAACUCAUCUCUACCACCACACGAAAAAUUAGCCGACCUACACUUUCUAGUGUUCAUAGCGCAAUCUCUCGGGUUCGAAUCCGCCGAACAAAUUAUCAAUGCAAUUAAAACCAAAACAGACAUAGCCCAAGACUACUAUGUAUUGCUUAAUUCACUCGCUUCAUAA